UAACCUGCCCCUCAUAUUUAAUUGUUACCGAGUCAUGUGUUGAUUAAUUGACCAUAGCGGCCAGCUGCCUUCAUAAGGACCAGAGUGUUUUUGAUGAAAACAUUCAAUUGCCAAUAUGGUGGGACUGAGUGGUACCUCGUAUAACGCGUAUGCUGUUGGCAUUCUCUUGAUUUUACUUACUGGUGUUGGAACAAAUGGCUGCUUGCUGUUCUUUCUCUUUCGAAACAAACAAAGCCGGCAGCGCGUCUUGACGCCCUAUCUGGUAGGUAUUUCAGCAGCAAAUUCAACCAUGAUUGUGACGUGUCUCCCGAUAACGUUCACCAAUGCGAUGUCACAUCGAUGGUUGUUCAACGAUGUAGUUUGCCGAGUCGAGGGGUUUAUCGCGGGUACUGCGGCCAUCUCUAUGAUGCUCACUCUCGCAUGUAUAGUUUACAAGGUACAUAAAGGGAUGACACACAUUCUAGUGCGCAACCGAGCGUUGUACAAGAGAAGCCGGCGGCCGUGGGGGCUGAUAGCUGGUGUUUGGCUGGCGUCCGCGGUAACGAUGCUGCCACCUCUCACAGGCGUUACAAGCAUGACAUAUGAGGCCGGUCAGACAAACUGCGCGCCGAACUGGCGACCAGAGGAUACCAGAGACAUUAUCUACGCAGUCUCUUUAACAACCAUUGUGUUCAUUGUGCCUAUGAGCACAUGCAUAUUCUACCUUGUGCGGAUCCGUGUCACCUUGUCAAGGCUACAUGUCCACCAGAGCCGACCGAGGUCUCGGUUCGCCCUAGCCUACAAAGGCAUCACCAAGAUGGUGGGCGUGUCAGUGGCAAUGUAUGUGGUCACGUGGAUGCCUUACUGUGUUUGCGUCUUCGUGUCGUUGUGUGGAGGGGCUUCUCUGCUUCGCUCUCCCAGUGUGACUUUCAUCCCGCACUUGAUCGCUAAAUCCAGUUUUCUCUGGAUGCCGAUUAUUUACUUCUUGCUUUACAAUAGAGGUUUAAGAAUUUUUCGUCGACGUCAUCGCGUGCUUCCACACGUAAACCACGCGAAGCAAGCUACCAACUCAACAAACAGCGAAAAUCCAUUCAAGCACAAUUCACGGAAGUAUGCCUCGAAUCUGCGAUGGUUGGGCCAACAAGAAACCCCUACACCGCAAGCCCGCUGGAUUUAUCAAGAGGAGCUCUCAAAUAUAACAUUUAGUACAGCAAGUACCCGAGGGGGCAUGCGCAGAAAUGCGAUAUUUUUAGACCUGGAUAGCAAAGUGGUAAAAUGAUAGCGGGCUCACUCAGAGAGACGGAUGAAUAACAAAUGUAGCAACAAUAGAAAAUGAAGGGCAACCAAAGGGACAUCCCGUUUUUUUAGCUGAUUCUGUUCCCGUCACUGUAUCCAUGGUAUCUAGACUCUAUAAAGAUAACUAGAAAGUCA